AUGAAGAGUGAGAAUAGGUCAAAACUGUCAGCUUUAAUAACUCUGCCUCUCUUCCCCUCCCCUCAGCAGGUGUGGAGCUCCCAAGGGCCGCCAGCAGAGGGAAAGGCGGCAAUGGGGGCAGAGGGAGGCGAGGGUGGGGACGCAGAGGAGACGGUGGGGAGGAGGGAGGAGGAGGAGAAGGAAUGGGUGGUUGCAGCGAGGGAGGAGGAGGAGGAGGAAGGGGUGGAGGAGAGCGAGUUGCGGGAUGUGGUGGCACCGAUGCCGGUGAUUGGAGGAGAAGCAGAGGGUGCAUGUGGGGGUGGUGCGGAGAGCAGUGGGGCGGAGUUGGGGGGGGAGGUGGCAGCAGCAGGGUUGGCAGCGGGCAAGGCAAGGCGGCGUGUGCGGUUUGAGGAGGGGGAGAAGGGCCUGCAUGGGCUGGCAGCGCUGAGGCUGCGGCAGCACGUGCCCCCCCGCACACACGCGGCAGCAGAGGACGGGUCGGUGGGGGGCAGCAAGGGGGUAGGGGCAGAGGCAGGCGUGGGGUGGGCGGGUGGCAGGGCAAGUGAUGGCGGCAGCAGCAGUGCUGGUGGGCUGGCUGGUGGAGGGCUGCUUGGGCGACCUCCCCCGUUGGCGCGAGCCACUAGUGACUGCUCGUGGGAGAUGCGGCGAGUGGCCUUACUGGGGGCACAGCACGGCACUCCACGCGCAUCGGCCGCUCACUCGCACCUCAAGUUCUCAGACGCCCUGGACCAGCUCGAGCAGCAGCUGGGCCAGUCCACCCCAACCAGGGAGGAGGGCGCCUCGCACACCAACGAGUGGGACGAGCAGCCAGGCCAGAGUGACAAUAGACAAUCAGCUUCCAUAACUUUACCUCUCUUCCCCUCCCGGCAGCAGGUGUGGAGCUCCCAAGGGCCACCAGCAGAGGGAAAGGCGGUAGUGGGGGCAGAGGGAGGCGAGGGUGGAGGCACAGAGGAGACGGUGGGGAGGAAGGAGGAGGAGGAGAAGGAAGGGGUGGUUGCAGUGGGGGAGGAGGAGGACGGGGUGGAGGAGAGCGAGUUGCGGGAUGUGGUGGCACCAAUGCCGGUGAUUGGGGGGGAAGCACAGGGUGCAUGUGGGGGUGCCGCGGAGAGCAGUGGGGCGGUGAGGGGGGUGGUGGCAGCAGCAGGGUUGGCAGCGGGCAAGGCAAGGCGGCGUGUGCGGUUUGAGGAGGGGGAGAAGGGCCUGCAUGGGCUGGCAGCGCUGAGGCUGCGGCAGCAUGUGCCCCCCCGCACACACGUGGCAGCAGAGGACGGGUCGGUGGGGGGCAGCAAGGGGGGAGGGGCAGAGGCAGGCGUGGGGUGGGCGGGUGGCAGGGCAAGCGAUGGCGGCAGCAGCAGUGCUGGUGGGCUGGCUGGUGGAGGGCUGCUUGGGCGACCUCCCCCGUUGGCGCGAGCCACUAGUGACUGCUCGUGGGAGAUGCGGCGAGUGGCCUUACUGGGGGCACAGCACGGCACUCCACGCGCAUCUGCCGCUCACUCGCACCUCAAGUUCUCAGACGCCCUGGACCAGCUUGAGCAGCAGCUGGGCCAGUCCAGCCCAACCAGGGAGGACGCCGCCUCUCACGCCAACGCCUGGGACGACCAACCAUGCCCGGUCAGCCUCAGCGCCAUGCUUAGACAAACCACGCACACUUCUUUCCCCUUCAUUAUCUGCCCCACCUUGCCCCUUCAAAAUCUUGAGUGGUUGGGUGACCCUAACUGUGGUUGUUUCAAUCUGGUAGAUGAGUAG